AUGACCCAUCAACGCCAUGCGCUAGCUUGGAUGAUGUGGCGGGAGAACCAAAAACCCAGAGGUGGUAUUCUGGCUGACGAUAUGGGCCUUGGCAAGACGCUUAGCAUGAUUUCUUUGAUACUGAAAAAGGCAGAGAUCGAAAACCCAGAUGAGGAAGAAGAAUCGAGCGAUGAAGAGGAAGAAGAAGAGAACUCCGGUUGGAAAGCGAAGGGAAGAAAGGAUUACUUCGCCGGGGGGACUCUGAUAGUAUGUCCCGCUUCGUUGAUGCGGCAGUGGGAAGGAGAAAUCACAAACCGAGUGGCGAGGAACAGCAUGGCCGUUAACGUUUAUCAUGGAACGAACAGAGAUAUGAAACCAAGGCACUUGGCAAAGUAUGAUGUGCUCAUCACAACGUACAACAUCGUAUCCCGUGAGGCUAAAUCGGAUCGAAACGGCGUUUUUGGAGUCAACUGGGAAAGAAUUAUACUGGACGAGGCGCAUAUGAUUCGUAAUCAUAAAAGCGCCAUGUCGGAGGCUUGUUGUCGAUUGAAGGGCCGUUUCCGAUGGGUCCUCACAGGCACUCCGAUUCAGAACAAGGAAAUGGAUAUGUAUGCCUUAAUGAAAUUCCUACACUGUACCCCUUUUGAUGACUUGACACAUUGGAAGAAAUGGAUCGAUAACAAAACUUCCGGCGGAAUGGCCAGAUUGCAGACGAUCAUGAAAUCGCUGAUGCUUCGACGAACUAAAGUACAACUUCAAGAAAAGGUUCACUGCAGUGUCUCCCGCAGAAAACAUCGAACUGGUUGAGGUUACAUUGGAAAAAGAUGAGAUGAACGUCUAUCAAAAGCUACUUUUGUACUCGCGCACUCUUUUCGGUCAAUUUCUACAUCAACGUGCUGAGAAGGAACAUGACACUUAUAUGACCGGGGGUUAUCGAAA